AUGAUAUUGAAUGAGGCUCUGAGGUUAUACCCACCAGCAGCUUCGCUACUUCGAAUAGUUCACAAGGAAACCAAGCUGGGAAAUGUGAUUAUACCAGCUGGAGUGGAGAUUGCUCUACCAACAAUCCUAGUCCACCAUGAUUAUGAACUGUGGGGUGAGAAUGCAAAACAGUUUAACUCGAAGAUAUUUUUAGAAGGCAUUUCAAAGGCAACAAAGGGCCAAGUAUCAUUCUUCCCAUUUGGUGGGGGUUCGAGGAUAUGUGUUGGUCAAAACUUUGCUCUAGUAGAGACCAAGAUGGCUUUGUCACUCAUUUUGCAGAACUUCUCAUUUGAGACAUCCUCAUCCUAUGCUCAUGCUCCUUGCUCAAUCAUAACUCUUCAACCUCAAUUUGGUGCUCACGUUAUAUUACAUAAGAUAUAG